GGGAAUUUAAAAAGCAGCCGCGCUCUUUGCAGACGAACGUUCAGAUCAUAACAACUGUGAGACCCGAGAGAACAGGAGCGACCGACCGCGUCCAGCACACCUGACCAGAUACAAUGGCCAACAUAAUCUUUGCAGAGCGAGAGAAUGCACGUCUUCAGCCAACUAAUCGGAAGAUGCGUCAGCGCCUUCAGUCUGCUCCAGAGAAACUCUUAACUCUUAUGAGUGCCAAAACCUUACACACCCCUCUGCCAUCUGGUCGUAAGGCUUUUGGUGCCGUCAACAAAAAAAUCUCAACCCCUGUCGUCAACACACAAGAGAAGCUAAAGCCACAGGAAACUAAAGUCAAACAUGCUUCUCUGAUCAAAGUGGAGGAAUAUCCAGAAAUUGAGAAGUUCAUCCCUUAUGACCCACUUGAGUUUGAGAAGUACAGCAUACCUGAGGAUUUGAUUCCUCUCGGGGACUUCGCUCUGCCUGGACUGGCCUGUUUUUCACAAGCUCCUGAUCUGUGUGAGGACGACUUUGAGAUGUUUGAUCCACUCUCAAGCCCAUCCCCUUUAAAGAUGCAAAAACGUUCAGAUCAUUGCUCAGAGCUGGACGCCUUUCUGCAGACGCUUGACGAGCUGACUGUUGACCUUCCUGCUGAACCUUUUACUGACUGAAUGUUGACACUAUGUGUUUUUUGUUAUGACUAUAUUUUUUUACUGAAAUAAAGUUAUUUUAUCUUUG